CCUCGGAGCAGUGAAGGCAUCCCGCGCCUCUUCCGCCGCUUCCUCGCCGCGCCCCCGCGGAGCCCCGCCGGCAUGUUGCCCUGUCGCCUCCACUGCGCCCUGGCGCUCCUCGUCUCGGUGGCCUUGGCGUGGAGCACCGGGGCCGCCGCGCCUUCCGACCCGAGGCUCCGGCAGGUCCUGCAGAAAUCCUUGGCCGCCGCCGCGGGGAAACAGGAACUGGCCAAGUACCUCCUGGCAGAGCUGUUGUCGGAACCCAGCCAGGCAGAGAACGAGGCCCUGGGCUCCGACGACGUGUCCCGCGGGGCCGAACAGGAUGAGGUCAGGCUGGAACUCGAGAGGUCGGCCAACCUGAACUCGGGUCUGACACCUCGGGAACGCAAAGCCGGAUGCAAAAAUUUCUUCUGGAAGACCUUCACUUCCUGUUAGGUUCCCAAACCUCUUCUUCCCCUUCGCUCCACUCUGACCUCCCCCUGAUUUCUCAGUCUCUUCAUGCCAGGAGCUGAAGACUGUAAUAGAAAACCUAUUGUUGAGGUAAAAGGGAAAAAAAAAAGAAGAAGAA